AUGAUGCGAUCGCGCGAUCCGCGGAUCCGCCAGCGGAUCAAUCAGAUCUCCCAUAACCUCGAGUCCGCCAAUGAAUCCGCCCAGGAAGGCCUGUACACCUUUGCACAAAAUUAUCUUUCCCCGUGUCUCGCUUCAGUUGGAAAUUGUGUCCAAGUCUGUACUGCGCCCUGUCUCCCGACCCGUGAGGACCACCUGAGACGCCGACGCCGUGGCCGUGCCGAGGACAACUUUGACUUCUAUGAUGAUUGGGAUAACGAGGAAGCUGACGAAACCUUACUGGGAUGGGGUACUGGGGAGCUUGAUCGACUGUUGGCUGGGAGUGGGCUAGCCAGGGGGAGCGCGGAACAGCCGCAUCGGCCCAGGAGAAUGAGUUAUGGGACACGUCACACAAGAGGAAAGAGCGUACACAUUCCAGACAAUCGCUCCGACCCGACGGUUAUACCGAGCUCUGCUUUUAUCGGCUUUUUGGAACGUUUUCCCUGGAGGUUCGGCGCAAAGGGAGUCAAGUAUCGGCCGUCGGCGGCAGACUUGCAGGAACACCCGGGCGGCUCACAUCGCCAUGCCCAUGAGGAUGAGCCAUUAAUGGAGACUUCAGAGGAUGAAGGUGGUCUCAUAUCCUACGGACUGAAUGGACGGAACCGCAGCGCAACUCAGUCAUCUCGUGGUACAGACAAUUCGUUGAGCUCCCGGGGCGAUUUACUACCCAGUGAUGACGAGGAAGAUGCAGUUCCACUGGACGACGAAUUCGCACUUGUAUUUGGGCGCCGAGGAACAGGACUCGAGUCCGACGAUCAGUCUGGGAUGAAAGUAGACAUGGUGAGGUCUGCCUCGGGCACAUCCAGUCUGGGCGACGCAUCAUCUAGGAAGUCAAACCAAAAAAUCAAGAAGAAGAAGCGGUUAUCGACGCAAUCAUCGGUGAGUCCAGCUGAAGAUGUGCACAGCCUCGACAAGCCAUCAAUAGCAGAUCUGAAGAUUGAAGAGGAGCGGGCUGCUCAAGAAGAAGAUGCUGCGAUCGAGAAGAAACGACUUGCUGCACGGGAGCUGGCUUGGAAGCGAGGACUCGAUCAAACUAAAACAGACAUGGCCGCCACGUCUCCGCAUGCAAAGGACCAAACUACCGAGCUCUUCGUGAACGCUACUUUUUCACCCACCGACGAGAUUCGCCCAUUAAGCCGUGGCAGAAAGCCGAGCGAGUCGUCUGUCCGUCCACGUUCAAUUGAUCAUACCGAACCCUUCCCUCCAUUCCCCCUUUCGGUAUCCUCGCUGCACCAAAGCUCUCCUGGAUCUGCAGCAUUGUCACCUAAAUCUGGCCUUGUGAACAUGGAUCAAAUACAGGGAAAUGGUGAUCAGGAUAUUGAUGCGCCGCAUUAA